AUGGAGCUGCCGGAAUGCCCGGUGUGUCUUCAAUCCUUCGACGACCGCGACGCAAUCCCUCGAGUCUUAUCAUGUGGACACUCCGUUUGCGAAGCUUGUCUUGCGGAGCUUCCGCAGCGGUACCCGAACACUAUUCGGUGCCCCGCGUGCACCCAACUCGUGAAGUACCCUUCUCAACAAGGCCCUUCCGCUCUUCCCAAAAACAUCGACCUCCUCAGACUCUCCCUCCAACACUCCUCUUCAUCAUCAUCAUCUAAUCAUUCCCACAAACCCAACCAACGGUCCACGAUCAAUUCUUGUUACGACCACUCACAGUUCUGGUCCCCUGAGUUCUACGCUGCAUGGAAGGAUUGGAUUCUCCCGCACGACGCCGUUUUGACCGACGAUCAUUGUCUUGGUCGGUUCAGUUCGUCCAAGGGUAGGAUUUGUUUCGGAGUUAACCGCUGCGUGAGUCUCGCUCCUGUUGUUUGUUUCUCUCCUGGGAAUGACUCUAAGUUUAGGUUUAGUUAUGUUGCAUGGGUGAUUAAGUGUUUGGAGGGGAUGAGCCAGGUUGCGAGAGAGGAGUUAGGGUUGAUUCUAGAAGCUUCCGUGAGGCAGGGGAGGGUGUGUAGGGUUUAUGGGUUGUGGAGUGAAGGGGUGAAGGGACCUCUGUGUAUGGUGUGUGAGAGGCAAAGCGGUAAUCUUUUGGACACGUGUGGUGAAUUGGGAAAUGGGUUUGUUUGUCGGAAUGAGGGUGGUUUGGAGUUGGACACCGGUGGGAUUUUUAGGUUUGUAAUGAUUGCGAGGGGUAUAUGUGAAGCUGUCCUUUCUUUGCAUUUGGAGGGUUUGGUUGCUGGCUGUUUGGGGCUUUCUUGUUUCUCUUUUGAUGAGCUUGGUGCGAUUUGUGUUGAUUUGAAUGAGGUAUUGGCGAUGGGAAGGAGGGUGAAUGCUGGUUCCGGUAAACAUGAAGAAGAAGCAAUGUGUAAAAAUUGUUUGGAAAGUGAUAUUUUCGUAAGCCCUGAGGUUUUGUAUGAGUUGUUGCAUAAGAGGGAAUCUGCUCCAGAUAGUGGGCACUUGAGAUAUCCAAUUGGGUGUCGCUCAGAUGCAUGGUCAUUGGCCUGUGUACUGCUGUGGCUUCUUAUUGGAAAUGUGCUGCCUCGGAAUACCUUGGAAAUGAAUAAAGAGAACGGUGGUGAUAACUCAGCUAGUUAUGUGUGUUGGGUGGAGAAAGUUAGUUCUGUUUUGGAAGAUAAACUAGGCUCUGAUUAUGCGUCACUGAGGACGACUCUCUGCAAAUGUUUGGAGGUCAAUCCAGGACACCGUCCAGAUGUGAUAGAUGUAAGGAAGUGCGUUCAGGAUAUGUUAGUCAAACCUCAAUUUGAGUUUCUGGGCAACUUGGAGGUUACAAUAAGUAAAGACAGCACAGGUCGAUGUUUGGUUCUAGGGGAGCUGUGUUUGUUGUCUAAGGAAAGGUCUAAUGAACCAAGAGAACAUGAGUUGCAGGAGAAAGAAAUUGGCGAUCAACCAAAUUUUGCUCAAGAUGGAAAUGACAAGUCUGAUGAAGACUUUGCUGCUGGCUUAUCUAGGGGACUGACUGAACUCAAAGAUCUCCGAGGCCAUCUUGAUUGUGUUAGUGGAUUGGCUGUUGGGGGGGGUUAUUUGUUUAGCUCCUCAUUUGAUAAAACUGUCCGUGUAUGGUCCUUGCAGGACUUUUCUCAUUUACACACAUUUAGAGGACACGAGAAUAAAGUCAUGGCUCUAGUUUAUGUAGAUGCAGAAGAACCAUUGUGCAUAAGUGGCGACAGUGGAGGGGGCAUAUUUAUUUGGGAAAUCGCUGCCCCUUUUAGGCAAGAUCCCUUGAGGAAAUGGAGUGAGAAGAAGGAUUGGCGCUUUAGUGGUAUCCACUCCUUGGCUGUUUCCAAAAAUCGUUCUCUUUACACUGGAAGUGGAGAUAGAGCAAUUAAAGCUUGGUCAUUAAAGGAUGAAACUUUGAUAUGCACAAUGACUGGCCAUAAAUCUGUAGUUUCCACGCUAGCUGUUUGUGAUGAGGUUCUUUACAGUGGUAGUUGGGAUGGUACGGUUCGGUUGUGGAGUCUAAAUGACCACAGUCCAUUGACAGUUUUGGGGGAAGAUACGCAUGCAGAGAUGAAGUCUAUCCUGGCUGUUACUGUAGAUAGGCAUUUGCUUGUUGCAGCACAUGAGAACGGAUGCAUAAAGGUCUGGAGGAACGACGUGUUCAUGAAUUCCAAAACGUUGCAUAAUGGGGCCAUUUUUGCAAUGAGCAUGCAGGGAAAAAGUCUUUAUACAGGAGGUUGGGACAAAAAUGUUAAUAUACAGGAAUUAUCUGGAGACGAAUUUGAACUGGACAUCAAAGCAUAUGGAUCCAUUCCUUGCAGUUCCGUUGCAACAGCUAUAUUAUGCAGCCAAGGAAAACUAUACGUUGGAUAUGCUGAUAAGUCUAUUAAGAGAUUCAUAUUCAGUCGUUCACUAUCUUCACAUCAUUUGUGUCUCCUUCACUGGGAAGCCUCUCGGGCAGUGAUAAACUCCACUGAAGAAAACCGCGGAAUGAGAAUCACUUCCACCGACGCCAAUGCCAACGCUUUAUUUAUUCGCUCGCGUCCUUCCGUUGCUCCCUGGCCUCGCCUGCCACGACGUCGUUGCGCACCCGUUCUCGUCACCGUCGGCUCCGUUAAGGAAAAUCUCGGUCGUGUUCAAAAGCGUUUCACCGACUUCACGAGCUUGAACUAUUGGGUUGUUCGCGACUACUACCGUCUCGUGAACUCCGUCAACGCCUUCGAGCCUCAGAUUAAGGCGCUCUCCGAUGAACAACUGGCCGCGAAAACCGCCGAGUUUCGCCGCCGGCUCGCGCGAGGGGCCACCCUUGCCGACAUUCAAGCUGAGGCGUUCGCUGUUGUUCGUGAAGCUGCAUGGAGAAAGCUGGGAAUGCGCCAUUUCGAUGUUCAGAUUAUUGGUGGGGCAGUGCUGCAUGAUGGUUCCAUUGCUGAGAUGAAAACCGGGGAGGGUAAAACCUUGGUUUCCACCCUAGCUGCUUAUCUAAAUGCCCUGACCUCUGAGGGUGUUCAUGUGGUAACUGUUAAUGAUUACUUAGCUCAACGUGACGCUGAAUGGAUGGGACGAGUUCAUCGUUUCUUAGGUCUCUCCGUCGGUCUUAUUCGGGAACUUGGCUUUGAUUACCUGCGAGAUAAUCUUGCUGGAAAUCGUGAACAACUUGUAAUGAGAUGGCCAAAGCCCUUUCAUUUUGGUAUCGUUGAUGAAGUGGAUUCUGUCUUAAUUGACGAGGGAAGAAAUCCUUUGUUAAUCAGUGGUGAGGCUAGUAAAGAUGCAGCACGGUUCCCUGUUGCUGCAAAAGUAGCUGAACUGCUUAUACAGGGCAUUCAUUACAAAGUGGAGCUUAAAGAUAAUUCUGUGGAGUUGACUGAGGAAGGAAUUUCUCUUGCUGAAAUGGCUCUAGAAACUAAUGACCUUUGGGAUGAAAAUGAUCCCUGGGCCAGAUUUGUGAUGAAUGCUAUAAAAGCUAAAGAAUUCUAUCGUCGAGAUGUGCAAUACAUUGUCAGAGAUGGGAAGGCUUUGAUUAUCAAUGAGCUUACAGGAAGAGUUGAAGAGAAAAGAAGAUGGUCUGAGGGAAUUCACCAGGCUGUGGAGGCAAAGGAAGGUUUGAAGAUUCAGGCAGAUUCUGUUGUUGUGGCACAGAUCACAUACCAGUCAUUAUUCAAGCUCUAUCCAAAGUUGUCAGGAAUGACUGGAACUGCCAAAACAGAAGAGAAAGAGUUCUUAAAAAUGUUUCGGAUGCCAGUCAUUGAAGUGCCCACAAAUCUUCCUAAUAUUAGAAAAGAUUUACCAAUUCAAGCUUUUGCUACUGCUCGUGGGAAAUGGGAGCAAGUUCGCCGAGAAGUUGAAUAUAUGUUUCGACAAGGUCAGCCUGUCUUAGUUGGGACAACUAGUGUAGAAAACUCAGAACUUUUGUCUGGUCUUCUUAGGGAAUGGAAUAUUCCUCAUAAUGUUCUCAAUGCUAGACCCAAGGUUUGUGAAAGUAUAGAUUGUUGUUUUGCCAACCUCACUGGCUCCCUCCCCCGUCAUUUAAUUCAGUAUGCUGCAAAAGAAGCUGAAGUUGUUGCACAGGCAGGACGGAAACAUGCCAUUACCCUCUCUACAAAUAUGGCAGGCAGGGGCACGGAUAUAAUCCUUGGAGGAAAUCCAAAAAUGCUUGCCAGAGAAAUUAUAGAGGAUAGCUUACUUUCAUUUUUGACACGAGAGGAUCCUAAUGUUGAACUUGCAGAUGAAGCUAUUUCACAAAAGGUGCUUCCAAAGAUAAAGGUUGGAUCAUCUUCAAUGGCCUUACUGGCUAAGACAACCUUAAUGGCCAAAUAUGUAUCCAAAAGUGAGGGUAAAAGUUGGACGUAUCAGAAGGCUAAAUCUUUUAUCUUGGAGGCUAUUGAAAUGAAUGUUUCAUAUAGUUUGGAAGAGCUGGAGAAGCUUGCUAAUGAAGAAUCUGAGAUCUACCCUCUUGGUCCAUGUGUAGCGCUUGCCUAUCUGUCAGUUUUGAAGGAUUGUGAAGAACACUGUUUACAUGAAGGUUCUGAGGUUAAAAGGCUUGGGGGUCUUCAUGUGAUUGGUACAUCUUUACACGAGUCCCGGAGAAUAGAUAACCAGCUGCGUGGCAGAGCAGGAAGACAGGGGGAUCCAGGAUCAACCCGAUUUAUGGUCAGAACCUUGAGUUUUAGAGAUGAACUGUUGAAUACUAUUUGCUCUGUAGCUCUGUAUUUUGAGGGGAGUGCGAUGACUGGGUGUGUGGAUGAGAUGUUUCAAAAGUUCAAUUUUGAUACUGAAUGGGCAGUGAGACUUAUCUCAAAGAUUACAAAUGAUGAGGAUCUGCCAAUUGAGGGUGAUGCCAUUGUGAAGCAGCUUUUGGCGCUGCAAAUCAAUGCAGAAAAGUUCUUCUUUGGUAUAAGAAAGAACCUUGUUGAGUUUGAUGAAGUAUUGGAGGUGCAACGAAAGCAUGUUUAUGAUCUAAGACAAUUAAUCUUAACAGGAGAUGAUGAAAGUUGUUCUCAACACAUACUCCAGUACAUGCAAGCAGUGGUUGACGAGAUUGUCUUCAAUAAUAUUAAUCCAUUGAAGGUGCAUCCACGUAGCUGGGGUUUGAGUAAGCUCUUGAAAGAAUUCGUUAGUGUUGGUGGAAAGCUGUUGCAUGAAUCUUUUGAAGGAAUUAGUGAUCAAACUUUGCUAAAUUCACUUGGGCUACUGAAUGAUACGAGUUCAGUUGAUAUUGUAAACUUUUCCCUUCCAAAUUUGCCAGCAGCACCAAAUGCCUUCAGGGGAAUACGCAGGAAGAGCUCUUCGUUAAGACGAUGGCUUGCUAUUUGCACGGAUGAUUUAAUUGGGAAUGGGAAGUAUCAAACAACUUCUAAUCUCCUGCGCAAGUAUCUUGGAGAUUUUCUAAUUGCUUCAUAUUUAAAUGUUGUUGAAGAGUCUGGUUAUGAUGAGAGACAUGCAAAGGAAAUUGAGAGAGCCGUUCUUUUGCAAACUCUCGAUUGUUUCUGGAGAGAUCAUCUUGUAAACAUGAACAGACUCAGCUCUGCGGUGAACAUUAGGAGCUUUGGCCAUAGAAAUCCUCUUGAAGAGUAUAAAAUAGAUGGUUGUAGGUUUUUCAUCUCAAUGCUCAGUGCCACUCGAAGGUUAACUGUAGAAGCACUGCUGCGGUCCCUUAAUCUCCCAGCAGUGUUAUCCUUCUUUUACUUUGUCAAAGUUACAAGGAAUGUGCCUGGAGAUGAGCUGGCACCUUAUUUACACAGGCGAAGCUAG